CCCAAUCGUCCUCUAACUGCGACUUUGCUUCUUGACUUGAGGUGUGGGAGUGCAAGACUCAUCAAGGCACCGUCUGAACUCGUCAACAGCUACAAUAACUCAUGCGGACACGUCCUUAUCCUCAAUCUCCUGGCCCUCCACUUCUUUCAUCACCUCGUCGCCACGAUGACUGCAACAGCGUCAACCUCCUCGCACGACGUUGCCCCGAUACCCAUUCAAUGGCUUCCCUCUGAGCUCCUGUACAGCAUACUCAGCUACCUCCCCGGUCCACUUGAUCUCCAUCAUGCGUUGCUAGUCUGCCAAGCCUGGCAAGCAGUCGCCACCGACGGGCGGCUGUGGGAGGACCAUUACUGGCGCUUCUACCGGCCGCGAGGCGACGUCAAUGACGACAUCUGUCCCGCUCUUCCUCCAAGCUCUGCUUGGCGAUCACGACGCCCAGCCUCCAGACUUCUACACCCUCUUUCGGGAUCGGAUGAACAGCGAUCAACGCAUUCUCGCCGAGCUCCGCAACCACAUCGACCUCACUUGUGGCACACUAGACAACCUUCUGCGCCUUGCCUCACAGCACGGCGACGGCGCAAGAGAGUUCCUCGCAUCCCUUGCUGCAGAGCAGCGCAUCAGCUGCUCCAAUCUCGAACGCAUCGCCCGCUUCUCCGACGUCAAGGAAGAGGAGGCAUGGCCUAAAGCUCUUGAUGUACACACCAUCGCGAGCAAAGGCGACUCGCAUCCUCAUCGCGAUCACUGUCUAACACUAGGCCUUGCAGCCUUCCAGCUGUCCGGUCAUCAUGCGCGUCGCGACGCGAUCCACUCAAUGCUCUCCCUGAAGGACCGGUACGAGGGUGUGGGCGCUUUGAGAAGUCGAGGCUCGCUGAAGGAGCGAGUCCUCGACUCCUGCACCGGCAUAGAGGAAGCAUUGAAGAGCGUCUCACUCUUUCGCGGUGGGCUUGGUGCGGAGUUGAGCGAGUACCUCGAUCUCCUCGCCCUCUUCGUCUGGGCCGAUCUACAAGCGCAAGAUCGACGAGCUGCCAGCGUUUCUGCAAUUGAUGCCAGUGACGAGCACGGUCUACCACGCGGCUCAUCCCGCCUCUCCAUGCACCGCAUUGUCGCAUCCUUGCGCGCCCUCAACUUCGGCAUCGCGGGCGCAUCCGACUUUUACGAUGUGGAGAACAGCUUUCUGAGCAUCGCCCUCUUCUGCCCAGGACAGCGGCGGACGCUACCGCUCACGCUCUGUGCCAUUGUCUGCGCCGUUGCCCGUCGGCUGGGCGUGGCGGCCACGCUCGUCAACACCCCCUUCCGUAUCCUCAUCGUUGCGGUGGAGGAGGCUGCGCAGCCUGCCGAUUCUAUCAGCACGAAGGAGGAGUGGGAGCGCUUCUUUGUCAGUCCCGACAACCCAGAGGAGAAAUUUGUUGCCGAGUCAGGUCAGGUCACCAACUUCCUUCGCGCGCACGGCAUCCCUGCUACACAGCUGAGCUCGACUAGCCCGCUCUUCGAGCCUGCCUCGCCGCUCGCAAUCCUGCAGCGCGUGGCGAGCAAUAUCAUCGCGGCACUGCAGAAUGAAGGCGAUCCCCGACUCCCUCACUCGGAUCGACAGCACGGCAAUCAGGCAGGCCCAGCCUACCCGCAAGAGGACGACGUCAUCAAUCUUGCUUCUUCAGCCGAUCCGCUCGCCUCUCUGCGCCUCUACGUCUCCGGUCGCUCGGCGACUCCACCAUAUCCCCUCGACUCUGUCACUCUCGCAUCGUCGCUCGACUCACUCCCGUCCACACACGUGCACAGCGAGCGCUCCACCUCCUUUCCCCUUCGCCUCGACGCAAAAUACUGCGCCAUGUGGGUUCUUCGCCUCUUUGCCCCUCAUCAGCUGGGAGGGUCUCUUGCGGCGGCGAACAUGCUACUGCUGAACCAGAUGGCAGGGAACGCGAACAGUGCGGCAUUCCUCGCUGAUGUCGGGCUGUUGCAGGACGGGCUCGCAGGAGAAGAGGCGGCAAGUGAACUGAAAGUUGCGAAAGACGAGUCGGACGGUGUUGCCCAGGAGGAGGAGGGCAGCGAGAGCAGUGAAGAGGAAGAAGGCGAUCUUGGUCGUCGUCAUCCUUUGCGUGGCUACGCGGGCCAGAUCUUCGACAGUGAUCGUGAGCUCUGCGAUGGGAUGGGCUGUUUAGGCGGUGAUGGUCAGGAGGCGGCGCAGUAUGGCAUCCACUCCCCUGAAGGACGUGAUCGUAGCCACCCAUCCAAUGACGCCGUCGAGUAUGGGGUCGGGACUGUGUUCACGCACAGGCGUUUUGGAUAUCGUGCGGUCAUUGUUGGUUGGGAUAGCUAUUGUCGCAAGGGAGAGGCGUGGAUCAGACAGAUGCGCGUGGACUCCCUUCCCUCCGGCGGACGUCACCAACCCUUCUACUCCGUCUUCGUCGAGGACGACAGUGAGCGCAACGUGGCUCAAUGCAACAUCGAGCCCGCCAUCAUUCCCGCUGGCGCCACGCAAGAGGAAAAGACGGAGAAGCUGCACGACUUUGUGGGAUUGUUGAGCCUACCUAGCGUUGGCAAGUGUUUCAGGACGGUUGCAAUCGAGGAGACGGGAGAGAGUGGGAAGACGGUACCAGGCAACGACGAGGGCGAUGCAAGCGCAGAGGGUCACAUCAGGCUGCGCAUGAACGCUUGGCUGCAGACGGCUUGGCCUUUUGAUUGAUUACAGCGAGACAGAGGCAAAGGGAAGUAAGACGAAGGCUUUUAUCCAGGAUGAGGCUCGGAUACAUCACACAUUAUCCUCCGAUAAAUUAUACCCAAAUGCACCCUCAAGAGCCAGCGAGGGAGCGUACGGUGAAGUAGAUGCAGCGGGACUGCACGAAUGUACAAUGCUCCUCUGCGAGUCUUGAAGAGGCUCUCACUUCGUGAUCUCCCCGGGAGCCGCGAGCACAAUCUGCUCUUUGCGCUGAGCAAUGCCGCGAUGCGAGGGAGCGAGGGCAAGACGGGUC